CCCCCUCCCGCCGCAGGCCGCGGGGACCUGCAGCCGCAGCUGGACAGCGCCAUGCAGGACGUGAACGACAUGUACCUGCUGAUGGAGGAGACGGAGAAGCAGGCGGUGCGCCGGGCCCUGGUGGAGGAGCGGGGUCGCUUCUGCACCUUCAUCGGCUUCCUGCAGCCCGUGGUGAAUGGCGAGAUUGCCAUGCUGGGGGAGAUCACCCACCUCCAGGCCAUCAUCGAUGAUCUCACCGUGCUGACCACUGACCCCCACAAACUGCCCCCCGCCAGCGAGCAGGUGAUCAAAGACCUGAAGGGCUCUGAUUACAGCUGGUCCUACCAGACUCCGCCCUCCUCCCCCAGCAGCUCUGGGUCCAGGAAGAGCAGCAUGUGCAGCAGCGUAAACAGCGCCCACAGUAGCGCCUCGCGCUCGUCCAGCGGCUCUCAGACUCACUCACCCAGUUCGUCCUAUCGCUACCGCAGCCUGGCCCAGCCGCCACCGGGGGGCGCCCAGCGCCUGAGCAGCGUGUCCUCGCACGACUCGGGCUUCAUAUCGCAGGACGCCAACGUCUACUCCAAGCCGCCCUCGCCCAUGCCCUGUGACAUCACCAGCCAGAAGUCAUCCAGCUCUGCAUCCUCAGAGGCCUCAGAGACCUGUCAGUCAGUCAGCGAGUGCAGCUCUCCCACCACGGAUUGGUCCAAACCAGGUCCCUAUGAGCAGCCAUUGGUCAGCACGCUGCAGAGAAGGAAGGAGCCCCUUGAGCGGCUCAGGGAGCCUGAGGCUUCCGCUGGCGCCCAGGGGUAUUCUGGGAUGCAUCCGGAGGACCCACAGCAGAGGCCGCGGAUGACCCCCGCCUCCAUUGCUGCCAAGCACGGAGAGGAGGUCUCCCCUGCGGCCAGUGACCUGGCCAUGGUGCUGACCCGCGGGCUGAGCAUGGAGCAGCAGAAGAGCAGCCGGGACUCCCUGCAGUACUCCAGCGGCUACAGCACCCAGACCACCACCCCCUCCUGCUCCGAGGACACCAUCCCCUCCCAGGUGUCUGACUACGACUGUUACUCUGUGAACGGUGACGCGGAAGGGGAGGUGCAGGCCGAUUUCGACAGGUCGUCCACCAUCCCCCGCCACAGCAACAUCGCCCAGAACUACCGGCGCAUGAUCCAGACCAAGAGGCCCGCCAGCACGGCGGGCCUCCCCAGCGGGAUGGGGGCCCAGGGCGGCCCGGCCGGGGUGGGGGGAGGGGGCGGGGGAGGAGGAGGAGGAGGAGGGGGUCCCGGGACCCCGGGGACGGCCACCAUCCGCCGGACCCCCUCCACCAAGCCGGGGGUGCGGCGCACCCUGUCCAACGUGGGCCCCAUCCCCAUCCGCCCGCCCAUCGUGCCGGUGAAGACGCCCACCGUGCCCGACUCGCCCGGCUACGCGGGGCCCCCGGGGAGGGUGGGCAGCGAGGAGUGCGUCUUCUACGCCGAGGACGCCUCGCCCAACGCGCUGGAGUACGUCAAGGCCUCGCCCAAACGCCUGAGCCUGCCCAACACGGCGUGGGGCGCGGCGGCCGGCCUGGGGGAGAUGAGCGUGUACGGCCAGCCCGCCGCCACCGCCGCCACCGCCGAGGAGGAGCAGCUGCUGGCCGCCAACCGCCACAGCCUGGUGGAGAAGAUCGGCGAGCUGGUGGCCAGCGCCCACGCCCUGGGCGAGGGCCAGUUCCCCUUCCCCUCGCUGCCCGACGACCCGCCGCCCGGCCCCAGCCCCGCCCCCGACCGCGACCCCCACGCCCCGCAGGGGGAGGACAUGCUGGUGUCCAUCCGCAGGGGGGUGAGACUCCGCAAGACCAUCUCCAACGACAGGUCGGCCCCCAGGAUUUUGUGAUGCUCCGCUUCGGGGAAACGCCAGCAGGGGGCGACGUCGGUCGGCCCUGGGCCAGGCAGUACCACUGACUCUGUAGAGAAUUACGUAUGUCUGUCUGAUAAAAGCAGAUUUAAAAAAAAAAAAAAA